AUGAAGAGUCUGCUGCUGUAUCUGCUUUUCCUGUGUAGUAUACUCAGGCACACAUCUGCAGUUGCGGAUCUCAGUGACUGCGCAGCUGCAGGGAGCAUAUGCAAUGUCAAUGCAGAUUGCUUCAAAACACGUGAGGAUAAGUUUCUCUGCAUGUGCCGAAUGGGGUACAGGGGCACUGGAGUGCAGUGCCAGGACAUUGAUGAGUGUACAACUGGUUUACACAACUGCCAUGCAAAAGCAGUCUGCAGUAACACUCUGGGCAGUUACACCUGCUCAUGCCAAAAUGGUUAUUCUGGAGAUGGUUUCCAAUGCCAAGAUAUCAAUGAAUGUCAAACUAAUAAUGGUGGAUGUCAUGUUAAUGCACUUUGCACCAACAGAGAUGGAGGAAGAGACUGCACUUGUAAGUCAGGUUUCACUGGAAAUGGAUUUCAGUGCAAUGAUGAUAAUGAGUGUGCAAGACCGGGAAUCUGUCACUGGAAUGCCACUUGCACCAACAACCCUGGCUCCUAUGUGUGUACAUGCAAUACUGGCUACAAAGGCAAUGGAAAUUAUCUCUGCCUCGAUGUUGAUGAGUGCUCAGAGACUCCCGGUGUGUGCUCUGCUUUCUUUGGGUACAAAGGUUGCAAGAACCUGCCAGGAUCCUACACCUGCCUCUGCAACAGUGGCUACCAAAGCAAUGGACAGACAUGUGAGGACAUCAAUGAAUGUGAUAUCAACAUCUGCAGCUCAUUUGCAGAGUGUACAAACUUGCCAGGCUCAUAUCGUUGUACUUGUCCUGAAGGAUUUGUGGGAAAUGGGUUGGCAUGCGUAGACAUUAAUGAGUGUGACAGAAAGAACAACUGUGACCCCAACGCAAUAUGUACCAAUUUGCUAGGAAGCUAUCAAUGCUCGUGCCGCUCUGGGUUCCUGGGCACUGGAACAAAGUGUACUGACAUUAAUGAAUGUGUCACCAAUAACAUUUGCCCAGCCAAUGCUGCAUGUGUCAACACAGCAGGUUCAUUCCUCUGUGACUGUGGUCCAGGCUACAGCUUUAAUCAAACCCAGUGCAUGGAUGUGGAUGAAUGUGCCACAGGACAUUGCAGUGUUUACGCCUCUUGUGAAAACUUACCUGGUUCAUUCAUCUGCGCAUGUGUAGCCGGUUUUGAAGGAGAUGGGUUAAUAUGCGAGGAUGUGGAUGAGUGCGCAAUAAAAAGGCAGUGCCAUGUUAAUGCACGCUGUAUUAAUGUACCGGGAAAAUACAACUGUAGCUGUAUGGUGGGAUACACAGGGGAUGGUGUAUCACAGUGUACAGAUGUGAACGAGUGUCUUGUUGAUAAUGGUGGCUGCAAAAACAGAGCAACAUGUGUCAACAGUAAGGGGUCUUUCUCUUGCGUUUGCACCUCAGGCUUUCAGCUAGUCAAUCUUACCACCUGCCAAGACAUAGAUGAAUGCCAGCUACCUGAAAAGGCUUGUGGAAUCAAUGAGCAGUGCUCCAACACGGAAGGAUCAUAUUCAUGGCUUUACAGGAGAUGGAUCUACCUGUACAGACGUGGAUGA